AUGCAGGAUAUGGACUCGGACCUGCUCAACUUCGACACGUUCUUCGCCCCCAACAAUGACGAGGGGGUCGAGGAUCUGUGGGACCUAGCGGCGGCCACGGGUGUAGGUCAGGACGACGAUCUGCUCGAUGCUGCAGAGCUGGAGCCUCUCAGUCCGAUACUCAAAGAAGAACCGAACGAAGAAGAACAGGCUCAGGUUCAGGUGAAGCAGCCUCCUGAUAAUAAGCACGGGCUCAAGCUCGACACCAACCUGAUCAACAACUCCAAGGAAGGGUGGCUGGCGCAGUAUGAGAACGCCAAGGCCAAUGGCACGCCCACGGCCACGCUACCAGCACGCUUUGCGUUACUCUCCACUACGUGUGUGUAUGAACCGGGGUUCACGACGUCACCGCGUGGUAAACGCAGGAUCACGGAUGGGGACGAUGAACCGUUCAUGCUUUCGGAUGACGACGACUACAACCUUCCUGUGUUUACUGAUGCGGAGCUUAAUGCCAUGGUCGAGUCACCGUCCAAGGUCUCAACGACUUCGACGACAUCUCCAGCGCCU